GAAAGCAAAUCCUAAAUCAUCCCCCAUGAGUACAACUUCAACUCCAUAUAAGUGGGUGAUAAAGAGGGUUUACCACUUGCUGUCCAAGUUGGUUGCACAGCCAGAGCUAAACUCUACAAAAAUAACUGAUGACAGCACCAACACUGCUACUGUUACUGCCCCUCUUCUUCCUGUUCUUCUUCUUCUUCCUCUUCUUCAUAGUAAAAAUCAAGUUAACAGCCAGGAGAGGAGGGGGGGCAGAGGACUCGAGACUUCCUCCUGGAAGCAAAGGAUGGCCUGUGCUGGGGGAGACCCUGCAGUUUCUGGGAGCAAGCCGGAGGGGAAAGCCGGAGAGUUUCAUCCAGGAGCGAAUGGCGAAAUACAAUUCCCGGGUGUUCAGGACAUCACUGCUGGGAGAAAAUGUUGCUGUUGUGUGUGGACCGCCAGGGAACAAGUUCCUGUUUGGGAACGAGGGGAAGCUGGUGGAGAUGUGGUGGCCGAGCUCCGUGCGGAAGCUGUUCGGGGACCAGUGCCUGAUAAACAUGGUGGGAGAUGAAGCGAGGAGGGUGCGCAAGAUGAUGAUGGCAUUUAUGGGACCUGAUCAGGCUCUGGUGCAGUACUAUAUCACUGCCAUGGAAGAUGUCGCACACCGCCAUUUCACAACUCAGUGGGAAGGUAGAAAGGAGGUAAAGGUGUACCCAGCAGUCAAAUCCUACGCCUUCGAACUCGCUUGCCGCCUACUUGCAGACAUUGAAGACCCAGAAAGCAUUUCAAGGCUGGCAGCUCAAUUUAGUGUGUUCCUCAAAGGGGUCAUUCAAAUUCCCCUCCACUUUCCUGGCACAAGAUUCUAUUGGGCAAUGAGAGCUGCUGAUAAUAUCAGGAAGGAGCUUCAAGCCAUAAUCAAGCAGAGAAGAGUGGCUUUGGAACAGGAGAGGGCCUCAUCUUCUCAAGACCUUUUAUCACAUAUGCUUGUGACACCAGAUGAAAAUGGGAGGUUUUUGGCUGAGGUGGAGAUUAUUAAUAAUAUACUCACACUAUUGUUUGCAGGCCAUGAUACUUCUGCCUCUGCCAUAACAAUGCUUGUGAAGUAUCUUGGAGAAUUGCCUCAAGUAUAUGAAAAGGUGUUCAAAGAGCAAAUCAACAUUGCAAUGUCAAAAGAGCCAGGAGAAUCGCUGCAAUGGGAGGACAUCCAGAAGAUGAGAUACUCAUGGAGUGUUGUAUCUGAAAUUAUCAGAAUAGCGCCACCAAUAAUUGGUAGUUUUAGAGAAGCCUUGACAGAUUUAACAUAUGAAGGUUAUACCAUUCCCAAAGGAUGGAAGUUGUACUGGAGUGCUGCUUCAACGCACAAAGAUCCAAGCUUAUUCUCCAGUCCAGAGAACUUUGAUGUUUCAAGAUUUGAAGAAGCAGGAACUAGUCCAUUUUCAUAUGUUCCAUUUGGAGGGGGGCCCAGGAUGUGCUUGGGGAAAGAAUACGCACGGCUUGAAAUACUUGUCUUUCUACACAAUUUGGUGAAGAGAUUCAAAUGGGAUUUAGUGAUCCUCAACGAGAAAAUUGAAUAUGAUCCAAUGCCUACCCCAGCAAAAGGACUACUAAUUCAUCUUCGACCUCACUAGUCCAAAGCCUAAUAUCUCCACUUUAAAUUACCAAGUAGUUAAGCUGCAAAGCGUACCACUGUAUCAUAAAAUGCCAUCCAAUAUAACACCCACAAGCAAAACGUAACAACAUCACAUGUCUUUCAUGUUACUGAUGACCUGUAUUUAACACCCAUUUCCUGAUGUGGUAGAUCAAGUUGAAGAGUUCUAUGGAGUUCUACAUUACAUGGACCUGUACAUCCUGAAACAGCACUUUUAUAUUACUCCUAGCAUGUUGUCAUAUACUAUCCCAUGCUAUAUGCAUAUUCAAGAUUCCAAAACAUACAUAUUAGAGGAGUCCCUAAUCCAAUGUAUGUGUCUGUGCAAUUGUGCAUAUGUGCAAGUACACCUUUAUCUAUGCAUACACAUCUGUGUUCAAUUCUAGGCACAACUUUUACUUUUUUUAGCAUAAGCAUAGUGAUUAAACAAUGAUUCUUAAUAAUGGGACUAAAACUAAACCUGCCAUCAGAAAUGGUGUUUUGUCU